AUGUCCGAGAGCCACGACACGAGGGGGGCGGCUGCCACCCCCAGCAUCGUCCCAGGACUGCUCCCUGGACUGCAGAGCGCCGAAUCCAGUGCUUUGCAAAUAAGGAUAAAGAACUCAAUAUGCAAAUCUGUUCAGUCCAAAGUGGAAAACAUUCUGCACGAUGUUGAGAAAUUCUCAGACAUUGAAAAACUCUACCUCUACCUUAAGCUGCCUUCUGGUCCCUGCAACACCCCAGAAAAAAUUGACCAGAAUGCCCUCUCUUCAAGUCGUACACAGCAGACCCAUGCAUUUAACUGGAUACGAAACCAUUUGGAGGAGUAUCCAGAGACUUCUCUUCCAAAGCAAGAGGUUUAUGACGAGUACAAGAGUUUCUGUGACAACCUCAAUUACCACCCUUUGAAUUUAAACAAAGCUGGAGAAGGGUGUGACAUUCUUGACUCUCCUGCACACAUGAGUGGGAUAAAAGAAGAAAUGCGCUUUGCAGCUUGUGAUCUUGUUUGUGAAUGGGCCCAAAAAGUUUUAAAACGUCAAUUUGAUGAAGUGGAAGACUUGGCUCGUUUUCUGGUUAGCAGUCACUACAUAAGCAACAAGUCUUUGUCAGCCCUUACUAUUAUGACUGGAACUGCAACAGAGAGAAGAACUCCUCAGUCAAUCUCAUCUUUUGUUCCCGCUGCAGACAUAAACACAUUUCAAUCUCAAGUCACUGCAUUGUCACCCCCUUCUGUUGAUGCCAAGCAGCAGCUACAAAGGAAGAUCCAGCGAAAGCAACAAGAAAUGAAACUGCAAUCACCUACUCCAGGAGAGGACCAAAACCAACAAGAGAACAGUGUGCUUAAUAAUCCUACCCGUCCCACACCUCAGCCACCAAUAGGCAUUAUGGUUGCAGCUGUUCCAAGCCCCAUUAUGACUCAAACGUGCCAACAAUUAUUAUCCCCAAGCCCGGCCGCUCCCAUGGAAAGCCAGCAUCUGCAGGGAUCAGAACCCCCGCAGAAGAAAGCAGACCCAGUCAAAGCAUAA